AUCUACAUGAUUUGUACAAAAUUUGGAGUCUUAGUUUUAUUGAACAAGAAAUGGUUGGUAUUUGGUAGUGCCAAACCCCCGAUUUUUCUCUGUAUCCACUUGCUUCACCGACCUGGUGCUGAAUCCCGCGCAGUUCUGCUUUCAAAGUUUUAAACAACGGCCCAACCUUCUUCUUCGUCGGCUCGCCAAUCAGUUACCGCUCCCACGGAUUACGCCAUUAUCGCCGGUGAUUGAACUCCGCACGAUGCCGGAGCAUCCGACGCCGGAUGGAUCCGACCCGCUCGAUGCCUUCACAGGGCUUUUUCUUCAACCCCGAGCAAUUAGGUCUCCGCUUCAAGCUUCGAAGGCUUAUCAACCGUGCGAUCUAGAUUCAGUUCACCAAGCUAUGAAGGAUAUGGGGCUGAGGAAUGCUGAAAUGCUCAUAGAAGAGUCAAAGGCAAUAGUUGCUAGUGGUUCAGAGCAGCUUUUGAAUGCUAAUUUUCUAAGCUUCAAGUCACUUCUGAGAUUGGAUGAUCAUGUUGGUUCGGAGGGAGAAAAAGAUAAGGUUGGGGAGCAAAGGACAGGUCUUGGUCGAAAAAAACCACAAUUUUCCAUGAAGCCAUAUGCAAGUCAGCCUACCGUUAUUACAUUGGGGUCGAGCGUGGAUGUUGAACAAAUUACAAACCCUGAAGAAUAUUUUAUUGCUUCCAUGAAGUUAGAAAAUGCUCAGCAAGAAAUAAAAAAGCAGUUGGGUAUUGUAGAUGAUGACUUCAACAUUAACAGCCUGCCUGCAAACACAAGGCGUUCUCGGCAGCCACUCCGUUCGGGAAGAACAGGAAAAUUUAAACAUCUCUACCCAUUGCCAUCUGCUUACAAUGACGUAGUUAUCUCCUCACAAGAUAGAUGUGAGGUGGAUGAUGUUUGUGCACCAAAAUCUAAUUUGCAGCAAAAAAGGAACAGUCAGGAUGCUGAGCUGCAGGAACCAGAACUUGUUGGCUUAAUUACUGAACAAGAAAACAGGGUUAAUCUUGCUUUGGAUAAACUAUUGUCUCAUGAUUUUAAGGAGUUCAAAGGGGAUACAGUUUUAUCUUUACUGCAGGAGGAGAUGCAAUUGAAACCUAUUGAUUUUUCUGCGUUAUGCGUGCCUGACCUCCCUGCCCCGAAAAUUGACAAUCUUAUGCCGGGUGUGACAAUUCCAAGGGCUAGUAAAUCUGUGUUGGGAUCACAGAACACAGAUAAAAGAACUAAUAGUGAAAGACAGAGAAAGGACCUUGACAAUAACUCAAAUCUGGCAGGUCCUAUGAAGACGUUGAGCGAAUCAGGCAAGUUGUACGGGGAAUAUGAUAUUUACCAAGAACUGAGCGAUCUGGAUUUGAGUCCUUCAGACAAUCACACUUACAGAUCUACAAAGAGAAAUGUACUGAGUGUUAAUACAGAUACUAGUCAUCAUGAAUAUCGGGAUCAGAUCAGAGACCAUGAGGGUCACACUGAUGCAGGCCAAAUAGACACGAGAGGUCUGGAAAUUUUGAAUGAGCAGCCAUCAGAGAACAACUCAGGCGGAGAGACAACAGCAUUCGGGCAACGUGAAGCUCAUGGCACUAUGGGGCAACACAAUGAAGGGAAUCAUAUGGAUAUCAGAAGUGAUGAUGGACACUCGAGCAUGCAAAAUAGGGAUACUGAUGUUCAAGGCAGUGGGGAUGACUGCACACACAAGGAUGUAUGCACGCCUAUGCAAGAGCUGUCUCCUGCUCAAGUAGAAGUGGAUGCUGAUGACACAAGCAAUACUUCCAAUGAAAUGGAAACUGAUUUUCAGAAGAAUUUGUCCUUCCAAAUGGAUAAACAUACCGAUGAUAUGCAAUCAGCAUUUUCAGCAGAGCAAGAUCACAAUACCGACGAUGCAUACAUCAGCAAAGAUUCCGCCAGCGCUUGCAAUCCAUCUAAUCCAUCAAAAUCAGAUGCUUCUCAAGGCCACCCAAUGGAUAUGCAAAGUGUUUUGCCGCCAGUGUCCCAUACUAGUCCCGGACAACAUAUCAUGAAGCACCCGGCAAAAAAGGUAACAAGGAAAAACAGUCCUUGCCGACGAGAAAGGAAAUCCCUUAGAACCAGGAAAAGUUUUGCAGAUGCUGGCACAUCAUUUGAGGACGGGGUGAGACGAAGCAAAAGAAUCAAGACCAGGCCUUUGGAAUUUUGGAAAGGCGAGCGGUUAAUAUUUGGGCGUGUUAAUGACAGCAUGAAGCUUAUAGGAGUAAAGUACCUAUCUCCAACGGUGGGAAAUAUUAAAGUGAAGUCAUAUAUUUCAGAUGAGUUUAAAGAGGUUAUAGAGAAGGCCGCUCGCCACUAAAUCCCAGCAAAUGUGAUCAUUACAACUAAUUUCCUUCCAGGUGUCAUCCUUCGUUGUUGUCACUUGAAUGAAAUGUUUACACUUGG